GAAAACCGUCGCGCCGUCCUCCCGCCCGCAGCCCCGUCGGAAAAAUCUUGACCCGCAGCCCUCCAUCUGCUCGCGCCGCCGCCUCCUCCCCAGCGCUCCUCCUCAUCGAGCCGCUGCCCCCAACCCCGUCCUCCUCCUCAUGGAGCCGCCGCCCCGACCCCCGAUCCCCAAAUCUCUGAUGCCCGUGGAGAUCAAAUCCGCUGCCGCCGCGCGACUCCGCAGUCUGCCGCCGCCACCAGUUUGGGUUCGGGGAGGGAGGGCGCUCGCCGCGUCGCCGGAUGUCCGUCACGCCGCUCUUCCUCUCCGCAGAUGACGUCUCCCACGCAGCGGCGGCGGCCGCCCUCCUUAGCCGCGGAGGAUGCCUCCAACAGACGCCCGCCUCCCUUACCCGCAGCCGCGCUGCUGUUCGUCGCAGCCUGGGACGCCAUCGCGGAGGACGCCGCCGUCGCGCACCGUCCGUCCAUCGCCGCCAUCAUAUCCUGCGCUCUCUCGCGAAGCUACCACCGCGCCGACACCGCCGCGUUGCACCAUCACCAUCCACGCCCUGGCCAUGUCCUUAUAAGGUUUCUUAGGCUGUAGACACAAAAGUUAUUAUAUUCAAGGAGAGAAGUAUUACGCUGAACAAAGAGACAUUGACAGGAACUGACAAAGUUGAGAUCAGCCAACAGAGAAGGCAUAUAUAAGUCAUGUCUGCAACAAGAAGGAACGGAUAAGUCAGGGAUUUGCAAGUGGAAGUUCUUUUUGCGGGGGCCGGGGAUCAAAUGGAAACUUUGACAAUGAUGCGUGAUCUUUCCAAGUUUCCACUUGCAAUCACAAGCAAAGUAACAGAAUGUGAUGGAACAACACUUUGUUUCCAAUAUGCAGCUAGGACCCAAACUCUUUCCAUGGUUGGAACGAGAGACCCAGCAUCUAGGAAAGCAAGGAGAAAAGGGGAUUAAUCAGGAGACAACCAGACGACAAGGGGAGAAAUUCAUGGAGCUUAGGCGACCAAAGUCUACCAUAAUUUUUUGUGUGAUCUUCUUUCUGCUAUCCAGAUUAAAUUACAUGCUUUAUAUUGCAGCAUGUAUGGGAGCUGGAAUUGCGUGUGGUGGUUCUCGGGGAUGGAAAAAGUGUAGGGAAGACACCAAGGUUUGUGGCGACGCGGUGCCUGAGCGGAAAGAGAGGAAAGAAGGGAAGAAAGGCACAGUGGACUUCCAAGUUUUUAAUGGUAAUUCUUCUCCUAAUAUUUCUAAUUAGGAUUGCAUUUAGAAUUUGUUGCAUGUAAUCGAACGAAGGUAAAUUAUAUUUUGCCUGUGUGGAUGUGCAGCCCACAGUUCGUGCUACUUGGUCUUUGUUAUUGUUAUGUGUGAUAAAUUAGUUUGCGGCACAACUAAUGUUGAAUGCUUAAAAACAAGCAAAUGUUCUCGUGUUCAUGUAUUCUUAGUACUGUAUUUAUCCUUUUGGUAUUUGCACAUGAGAAUCUUCUUUUUUAUGCCAGAUAACUUCUUUUUUUGAGGUGUGCGAAACUGUGAACGGAAUCAAAAGCAUAGUUUAUACUCCUCCGUCCCAUAUUAAGUGACUCAAAUUUAUCUAAAAAUGAACGUAUCUAUAUACUAGAAUACGUAUAGAUACAUAUAAUAUUCCGGCACUUAAUAUGGGGUGGAGUACUUGAUUCUGUCCAAAUUGUGUGUGGCAAGAACUAGGGCACUAGGGCAGUUGGAGCCUUGGAUGUAUCUCUCGACUAGAAGAAUUCUACCGAAAUGCACAGUGAUCAAAAGGAGAGGGAGAGAGUGAGUAAAAGACUACGGUUGGGUGGAGAAAUUAAGAUACAUGCUGGGAAGAUAAAGAAUAGGAUCGAUGCACAAAGAAGUUAAAGAAUAGGAUUGAUGCACAACGAUCAGGAGAAAUGAUUAAGUGAUAGAAAUAUAGCAGUUUUUGACACAUUUAAUAGCGACAUUACAGAGCAUUGUGCUUAAUUUGACACACGUUUAUGAAAUACAAUCACCGACCAAUGCAUCGUGCCAUUUUCUGGUUCCGUAGCAACGCACGGGCAUCCUACAUAAUAACCUAAUAAAUCAGGGACAUUCAAAAUCUGUAUCCACGAUGCCAAUUGUAAAUGGUUCAGAAAGGAGCAAAAGUUGCAUGCAUUGUGAAAUAAACUUGUAUCCAAACCUGUCCAGUCUCUUGUGCAAGUGUGUCCAGGAGUAUUCUCGACGGUGCCCAGACCUCGGCCUGUGCUCCUUCCUCGUCGAGGAACUCCAACUGAGGGAUCAGUAGUUCUGCCUACAUAGAUGAUAACCAAGAACAGAGCAUCAAGAACAGAAAUGCGACGGCAGGCAACUGCGGCGUCGAACUUCACGUGCCAAUCUUAGAACUCAGAAGCGAUCCAUUUGGACAGGAGUAAGUAAUACGUGCAAUUAAGAUUUAAGAGGAAAUAAGACGUGUGGUUUCAAGAGAAAGAACAUACUCCGAUCCUAAAUUGUUUGUCGAAAUAUUACAUGUAUCUAGACGCAUUUUAAGAAUAGAUACAUUCAUAUUUAGGCACAAGAGGGAGUACAAGAGUAGUACAAGACAACGACAAUGACAAGACAAGAUGUCGUAAAUGGAUCGAGAAAAACUGCAAGCUUGUGCAGAUAAGCACUUCUGAAACGCGGAACUAAGUUAUGCAGAGAAACCGAACCAUUCACUGCGGAGCUGAUUUAAUUACGAGUUCCAAACAAUAAAAAAUCCUGUUGUUUCGACAUGUGGUAGUGUUUCGUGGCCGAGAAAAAGGACAAGGGAAAGAAAGCCUUUGAACUUAUGUGCAUGCAUGGCCCGUCAACACCUGGGACUCCCCAAUUGAAUCGUACUCGUUGAGUCGUUCUUCUUCUUCUGCUCGUUCGUCGACCUACUCCACGAUGCUUAAACAAGGCUUUGGAAACUCCAAAAAGUCGCCCCUCCUUCUCCCGUUCUCCGUUCAAAGCAACCUUCCUCCUUGGCUCCCUUUCCACUAGUUGCACGCCUCCAAUUUGCUCCCAAACAGGCUAGAAAUUAACCAGAAAACAGAUCGAUCGAGCAGCUCUGGGCUAUAUGGCGCCGGUGGUGUCGGCGCUGGCCAAGUACAAGCUGGUGUUCCUCGGCGACCAGGCGGUGGGCAAGACCGCCAUCAUCACCCGCUUCAUGUAUGACAAGUUCGACGCCACCUACCAGGCAACGAUUGGGAUCGAUUUCCUCUCCAAGACCAUGUACCUCGAGGAUCGCACGAUUCGCCUACAGCUAUGGGACACGGCUGGACAGGAGAGGUUCCGGAGCCUGAUUCCAAGCUACAUCAGAGACUCCUCUGUCGCGGUGAUCGUCUACGAUGUAACGGACAGGCAAUCAUUUCUGCAUACAUCGACGUGGAUUGAUGAAGUAAAGACAGAAAGAGCAGGUACCGAUGUGCUCAUCGUCCUCGUCGGGAAUAAAACAGAUCUCGUUGACAAGAGGCAAGUACCCACAGAUGAAGGAGAAGCCAAGGCGCAGGAGCACGGCGUCAUGUUCAUCGAAACAAGCGCAAAGGCCGGGUUCAACGUCAAGCCGCUGUUCCGCAAGAUCGCCACGUCUCUGCCUGGAAUGGACGCCCUCUCGUCGGCGAAGCAGGAAGACAUGGUCGACAUAAACCUGAGGCCUGCCUCCGGAUCGAAGGCUCCAGGCGCAGCUGCGCAGCAGGAGCAGAAAGCAGGUGGAUGUUCUUGCUGAGACUUCUGUGUGCUCUGAGAAUUCAACGAAGCGAGUAUGCAGGAUUGCUGUAGCACAUUGAGUCAUUGUCAGAUAGUAGUUCUCACGGAGUUUUGAUCAUGGGAAAGACACUUAUGUGCAAGAUUGUACUUGUCGCGAGUGUUCUUUUAGAAAUAGAGCAAAGUAGUCAAAAUUACGAGGGUGACAAAACAUUAGCGCCGUUGCCGGGGAUCGAACCCGGGUCACCCGCGUGACAGGCGGGAAUACUUACCACUAUACUACAACGACUUGAUGACUGUUAUACGGAGAUUCCCUUUAGUGUCUCUUAUAUUCUGCCGUAUUGUUCUAAA